AUGGCUACUUCGAAAAGGUACAUGUUAUGCAGCCUUUUUUGCUUAAAGUUAACCUUAAUUGGAGAAGCUAAAUCUGGGAAGACGUCAAUUGUUAACCGAUUUUUCAACGAUCAAUUUGAAGAAGCUUAUGACCCAACCUUUGGACUUUCACCUGUAAUCUUAAUGCAGAAUAAAGAAUUAAUCGAAAGAAACGGCACAAAAUACGGCUUGCUUGUAUGAGAUAUUGCUGGGAAUAAAUUCUGGGAAUUUAUGAUAAGAGAUUGCUUUGAAGAGGCACAUGGGAUACUGUUGAUAUAUGACGUUACAAACCGAAAUUCAUUUCUACAUGUCUCAAGCUGAGGGAAAAGAAUAGAAAAAGAAUCAAAAAAUAGGAAAACUCUUCUCGUUGUAGGAAACAAAUGCGACUUGGAAAAAGAACGAGAGGUUUCAUUCGAUGAAGGAAAACAGCUCGCUGAUAGUUUAGAUGCGACCUUCAUUGAAGUUUCUGCACAAAACUCACAUAAUAUAAGCAGUCUCUUUGAAAUAAUAAUAUCUCAAGCAAUCGGGAUGAAUAAAUUGAGCAUUUUCGAGAGCUCAUUAAUUUAG